AUGAGUUCCUCAAGGAUAAUGGACCCUAAAAUGAGAGAGGCUGAAGGAGAUGGAGAGGACAAUUCAGGAAAGAAGAAAUCAAAGUUUAAAUCUUUCAAAAAGUUUUUUGGCAAAAAGAAAAGGAAAGAAAUGUCAUCUUCUGUGAGCAGCAGUCUGAAGUUGUGCCAGUCAACAAGUGAUGUUGCAGCCUCUCAUGACACGCGCAUUAGUUAUGAUUCUGAAGAUGAACUUGAGACACAUAAAGGCAUUAUGGGAAGCAGAGCUUUGUCACAUGAUAGCAUUUUCAUCCUUGAGACUGGGCAAGAACCUGCAAGGCCAGUAAGAGUGUUUUCUCAAGAAAACGUUUCUGAUCGGAUUAGAGCUUUACAGCUGAAACUCCAGCCUACCAUGAAAUUGGGACCUCCACCUCCAUUUGGACUUCAUGCAAAGCGAACAGAGGAUGCUGGGACCAGUUCUGAAGAUGAUGGAUUACCCAGGAGCCCUCCAGAAAUGUCUUUGCUUCAUGAAAGUCUAAACUCAGGCAUCAGAACAAGAUUCUCUGACUCUCACAAGCGCCUUAGCUCUUUGAGUUUAGCUGGAACAGGCAGUGAAGAAGAAGAACAGAUUACACUGAGUUCUUCAUCUAGAUCUUGCUCUACAGAUGGUCAGCUGUUCACUAGGCAUGGAAGUACCAAUACUGAGUCUCCCCGGACAUCAUCUGACAGUACCAUCUCCCCUACAGCCAAUUUUGACACUCCACCUGAGCUUUCUGCUUUCCUGGAUAAUUCUGCUGCUAAACACAAGCUUUUAAUAAAACCCCGGUACCAGAGAUCCAGUAGAAUGAGAAAAUUUUCUCAGAAGACCCAGUCUGAAUCUCUGACUGAUUUGAGCUGUACCCCAGAGGAAGAAGAAGAGGAUGAUGCUGUAUUCAAGCCCAGCAAUCAAGAACUGCCAUGCAGCACAGCUGCAACUCAGAAUUUGGCUUCCUGGCCAAAACCCAGAAUGCCUGAGGACCUCCCCCCUGCUUUGAGACCUGUGAUGACUCAGCCUGCUUCUGAGUCUGCUGUUGGACAGGAAACCCUGCUACCAGAGAAUAAGCCGGAGGACUGCCAACCAACACUGGAAAUGACAUGUGAGGAGUCUGAGCCCUCAUUGCUGUCAGAAGGCAGAGACUCUGCAACUUAUUCCUAUUGCAGUUCAGACAGAGAAGUACAAAAACAAGAAGAUUCCUCAGAAACACUUGUUUUAUUGUCUGGGGAUGUGUCAAAUAUUGUAAAUCAAGAAAACAAGGAUCUGCCUACUGUGUUACCAUUAAAUAAAUUACCUUCUGAAGAAAAUAUUUCAAUUAGUAAGAAUAGUAUUGUUUGCUUGGGAAGGUCAGAAGAAGUUAAACAGAAGGAUGAUCAGGUAUCUGUGGAAAUGCCCUGCAAUAAAGGGGCAGACAAAGAGUUUACUCUAUUGUCACAGUCCAGCCAAGAGGUUUUCAUGGGUUCUUCCCAGCCCACAGACUCAUUCCAUGUUUCACAUCCUGCUUCCUCAAUGCAGAUGGCAUCAUCUACUUUCUGCUCUCUAGAGAAAAUAAAGACUGCACAGGAGGCAGCUGCUUCUGAUAAGGAGAACAGCCAGUCACUGGUCCACAAGGAGGAACGGUUGGGGAAGAAAGCUGAAAAAGCAGUCAAUGAACUCAAUGCCUUCAAAAAGUUUUCUGUUUCCUCUGCAUGGGAGAGACCAAGCACCAGAAGCCUGUAUUUCCCAGAAAAAUCAGACUUGGAAACCCCAUUAAAUACUGGAUUCUUCCUGUCCAAAGCAAAGGUCUCCUCAAGAAAUGAGAAGUGGCAAGAUGACUUCCAGAAGGGAUCAGAUAUGGAUGAGGAAAAAAGCAGAAGCAAAAAGGAGACUUUGCUGCCAGAGUCCUACUCUGAGAACACAGGCCAGCCUACAGAAAUUUUGGCCGGUUAUGUUUCCCGAGCUGUUGAUGCAGUACCAAUGCCAAGCAGUUCUUCAGUGGUAUCUCAGAAUCAGCCACGUUGUAAAGAUAAAAGUCCUUUUCAAGUGAAACUUAGAUCCACCUCACUGUCCUUGAACUAUGGAGACAAUUCACCACCAGAAUCAAAAGGGAUUAAAAGAUACAGUGCAGAAUUUAAUUUAGAAAAUGAGGGAUUGAAUUCCUUUCUAAGAGGUGAUAAGGCAGAGAUCAGAAAGAGAGACAAUACAAAUACUGGUGAUUCUUUAAGUGAAAAGAUCAAACCCAAAGCAAAGUCCUCUGAACAGCUUAGUAGCAAACCUCCAUUGCCUAAAAAGCCAGUAUUGCAAAGCAUAACUGUCCCAAACACUACUGCAAGCAAAGAGAAGCAGGACAAAGCUAUUCACUCUUCUGAAUCCAGAAAUGAAGACAGAGACCUGGAGAAGCAGUCAACCUCUUGUAAAGUGCCUGAGAAAAGUGUGCCUUCCCCUGUGGCUGCCAGAGAUGCUGGAAGAGAUCCUGACACUUCUACAGAGCCAGCCUGGAUUUCCAUUGCAAGGCAAAAGCAGAGGGGCAUGCAUCAGGAGAAGGAACUCGACAGAGAAAAGCUUGUGGCUCCAGAUAAGUCAAAUACAGAGAAACAGAAUAAAGGAAAGGAACAAACAGAGGGGCCAGUGAAGCAACAAUGGGGCAAACCUUCACACUUGGCACCUAAAACCACUUCUGAAGAGCAGAGGAGAGACAUGAAGCCUGAAGCAAAGACCCUGCUGAGGAGGAACUCACUGUCACAUUAUGUUCCUGUAGUGCCAUCACCUGCACUGGUGGAUAAGGAGGAAAUAAGCCACUUGAAGAAAGCCAGUAAUGCUGCUCCAGAUCAACCAUCAUGGAUGGAGCUGGCCAAAAAGAAGUCUCAAGCUUGGAGUGAUAUGCCGCAGAUUAUAAAAUAG